UGGCUCACCUAUCAAGUCAUAAGGAGAUGAGCUCCACAAUCAAAAUGAGUCCAGAACAAAGCACAUUUUUUCUUUUCCUUAUCUUGUUUGAUGCAGUAUUAAGUGAAACUAUAGUUUGGGGUCAGCUGUCUAAGGAUAUCACUUUGCCAUGUUUAUUUACACCUGGGGAGGAUGAAAUUAUUUACUGGUACCUUGCUGACAAUUAUUAUGUGCACAGUUACUACGAUGGGAAAGACCAGCUGACAUCGCAGGGCAGCAGAUACAAAAACAGAACAUCAAUGUUUGCCAGUGAAGUAAACAAAGGCAAUGCAUCUCUCCAGCUACAGAACUUGCAAAUGAGUGAUGAAAAUAAAUACAACUGCUAUGUGGCAACAAAGAAGAAGGAGGAAUUUCUAGUGACAUUACAUGUUGCAGAAUUUGAACAUCUAGCAAUCAAAUAUGAACUAAAUGACAUGAACAAGUUGCUUAAGUGCUAUGUAAACAAUUCUUCUCCAAAUGAUUCUAUCAAUAUAGCAUGGUACCAAAGCAAUAGCAAACUAAAAGAAAAUAUUAGUUCUCAUAGCUCUUUUAAAAUAACAAAUAUUGCUGAUAAGUACCAGUGCCAAAUUCACCACAAAUUUCUCAGCAUUACCUGGAAUGGAUAUUGGGAAAUGACUAAUAUUACUUUAACAGUAAACGUUGUGGAAUUUGAAUGUAAAGCUUGUGAGACUCUAAGCACAAGCUUCUUCAUUACAUGGACAUUCAGAAAUGAAUCAUUAGAAAUUCCAAUGGCUUCAAUGAACAGCUCAACUAAAAAUUUAAGUAUUUCGGAAAAUUAUAAACACAGAAUAAAUAGCAUUGCUGGUGAACUAUAUUUUCAAUUAAAAGACCUCACUAAGGAAGAUAAUGGAGAAUAUGUGUGCACUGUUACAACAAAGAACAGCAUGAGUAUUAAUGUGACAUCACUCACUGUCAUACCUACAGAUGAAAUAAACUCUUUCAAGAGACCUCGUAAUUUUUUUGCUACUGGGAUUGCGUUUCUUGCUGCUGCUGCUGCUGCUAUUGCUGCUGUUUUGCUGUAUAAGGUUAAGAAAAAAGGACACCAAAGUCAAAACAGAGAAAUAAAUACUUGACCUGGGCCAUAGUGGACAGAUAAGUCCACACUGAUAUCAUCAGCUAUUACAGACUGUAAGUGUCUGCACCACCAUUUCUUCUUCGCUGUCUUCAUGAAAGAUGCUGUACCUCCAAUAUCCAGAAGCAAGACAAUUGUAUUCAAACCAAACUGACCUUGAUUUUGCAAGGACAUAACAACUGAUCGUGUCUUUUGUGAUAACUAAUUUGAAGGUUGUAAUUCAGUUUCUACAUUAGGGAUAUGCAUACAAAUAUAUCAAGUGUAAAGUUUGUAUAUUUUAAUGGACUUUUCCUAGGAAAUAAGUCACUUGUUAUACAAGGAGAUCAAUCAAAAGGAAGGACCUAUGCUUGCAGUUAAUUAUUUUUUUUUACCAUAAGUCCUUGUUCCUAACAGAAUAUUCAUACCUAUUAUCAUAUCUCCUCACUACAUAUAUGUAUAACAAAAAGAUGGCAUUGUUUACUACUUAAAACAUAUUUCCUUUGCCAAUGUUAUCUUCUUUGAUUACUGACAUGGGUUUUGUAUACCUACCAGAGUACUGACAAUGUUGCUGCCCAACCAUUGGCACCAGCUGUGGUGCAUGCCAAUUCUCUUUUUCUUUGCUCCAGUUAUUCAUUAAUGAUUUUUUGUGUUAUGUCGGCAAACAGAAACUAAAUAAUAGCCAGCCAUAUUAGAGUAUUGCUGUGUUAUUAUCGAAAAGUAUGUAACACAUCAGUGUUGCACUAUAAAUGCUAAUAGUUUCUGUUCUACAAAUACUGGUAGGUGUACCGCUCUAUUAUCAUUAAAAUUAUAUGACACUUCAACAUUUUUACAAGAUUGCUAACGGCUUCUGUGGUUCUCUACAUACCAAUAUCCAGUGCCAGCCUAGCUGUAACAGUAACUGUAUAAUCAAAAACUGGCUUGCAGAUUAUUAGAUAGCAACUAUUGUCACCAUAAUUUUUAAAAUUACAUUUAACAUUUUUAAAGCAAUUUCUUUCAUAAAAUGAUGAUGAUCCAUAGUCCUCCAUAACAUAUGGUAUAUAUUUCCUGCCACUAUGAGGAGGUCAAGAAACCAUACAAGAUAUUAAAAUCCCUCCCACCUUUCAUCUCUAUUCAGUUCUGUUCUUUGCCUCAAAUGAGAUGGUUGAGAAUAGAGGUGUUCCUGCUACUUGCUUAUGGAUUUAUAUUUGAGAACUCAGAUCAGUGAGAGACCCUUUAUCCUUGGGAGUUAUUCUUCACAAAGAAGAUUCACAGCAAGUGAACAGAGAUUCACAGCAACUGAAUGAUACAGGGACAUAGAAAUACAGGUAUUUCUUUCAGAUAUCCUCAGACUUGUUCCUCAGUCUCCCCCUGUGGGAUACAGGUAUUUCCUUCAGAUAUCCUCUGCGGUACCUGUACCAUCACUUGAUGGGCUUUCUACUUGUUUCAGCUGCAGACAUCUUGCUGGUAAGCCCAGUGGAGGGGUGCUUCGUCCAGGCACGUCAUUUACUGCACUCACAUACCCCACAGUCUAUAUGAAGAUAAGUAACUAUACAUAAAUACUUCAGGAAUGGGUUAAUGCCUUUUAUGCUGCUAUGAUUAUCAUAUGGUGCUUUUAAUGUAAGAUCUCUCAAGGAUCAGAAUCAGUCAUAACAAUACCUCAAUAAAUAUAAUUAUAUUCAAAAUAGUAAAGGUAAUAUUUUUGUACAUUAUAUUAUACCCUGGGAAAUGGGAUGUUCAUGUCAGUAUACAGGAAGAACAAUAUGGCCUGUAAAGGAUCGUAUAAGAGAACACUUAAUAUCUUUGGAACUUGAAUUUCCUAAAACCCUGGUAACUGAACAUUUUCUUUAAAUAGACCAGGGGGGUCAUGGAAUGUAGCUAAUACCACAUUUGUACAGACUUUGUUGAAGUUCCAAGUGUUGAAGUUCCAAGUAAUAGAUAAUGUCCCAAAGAAUAACUGGAGGUGAUAGACAAACUAUUCUCAAUAAGAAAUAGAUAUUUUGGAUUUAUCAUUUGAAAACAGGAAAACCAGAUGGCAUUAAUGAGAUGUCUGACAUAAAGCUGUUUAAUGAUAGGGUCAUAUACUGUUUAUAUACUCUGGUAUUUACCAAUAUAUUAUAAAAAGGGUACCACAUUAACAGCAAACAAUUCAAACCACACAAGUAUAAGUCUUGAGUAUCCUUAUAUGACAUACUAAUGGUAAUGUCAAUAUCUCUUAAUGCUAUUUAGGUAUGUGAGGAAAUAUUUUUAUGAAUCCUUCAUUAAUAUCUGUUUCAUGUUUAUUUCUUCACCAUUAUAAUCAUAACCGAAAAAUCCUACAUAUUUUAAUAUAUGUUUCUUAUACCUAUAUGUAUGCUACUUAUGCAUUAACUGAAGUACUUAAUAGGAAAAUGACAAUUUUGAUUAUCUGUGUUUUUACAGUGUAUAUUGUGUUGUAUUUUUAUUGAUAUGCCUGUAAAUGGUCAGGUACUAUGAAAUUAAAUUAUUGAGUCUAACCAUUUAACAUUGUAUGAUGACGUGCCUUAUGGCCAGGAAAACCGUUGGAUGAGUGCUGUAUGAGCGGAUGGUGAUGUAAAACAUUUUAUUGCAACUUUGAAUAAAUGUUGAACUUUUAAAACUUUUA